CCUUUGGGGCUAAGUGCCACCACGAGCGAAUAUGAGUACCGAAACAAAAAUCACUUUCUUGCCAUGCAGAAGCGAGAACUCGACUUGUUUGAAGCAGAUCGCACACGAAGUCCAUACAUCAUCUUCUUUGGCGUGACUGAGCAAAUCUUC